UACAAGAUUUCUCUGAGCUCGUUUCGAGCUAAGUAACUCCAAUUUUUGUCCAUUCUCCACCUAUGACCUUUUCUCACACUUCAGUCCUUGACAAACUGUCAUUAAGAAAUGGGAAGCAACCAGUCAUGGGUCACAGAAUUCAUCUUGGUGGGAUUCCAGCUCCGUGCAGAGAUGGAAGUGCUCCUCUUCUGGAUCUUCUCCCUGUUCUACAUCUUUAGCCUGUUGGCAAACGGCAUGAUCUUGGGACUCAUCUGUCUGGACUCGAGACUACGCACCCCCAUGUACUUCUUCCUCUCCCACCUGGCCAUCAUUGACAUUUCCUAUGCAUCCAAUAAUGUCCCCAAGAUGUUGGCAAACUUAGUGAAUCAGAAGAGAACCAUCUCCUUUGUUCCAUGCGUAAUGCAGACAUUUUUGUAUUUGGGUUUUGCUGCUACGGAGUGCCUGAUCUUGGUGGCGAUGUCUUAUGAUAGGUUUGUGGCAAUCUGCCACCCCCUCCAGUACACUGUCAUUAUGAGCUGGAGACUGUGCCUGGUCCUGGCUGUCACUUCCUGGUCAUGUGGAUUUAUUCUGGCUCUGGUACAUGCAAUUCUCCUUCUACGGUUGCCCUUCUGUGGACCCCGAGAAGUGAAUCACCUCUUCUGUGAAAUCCUAUCUGUCCUCAAGUUGGCCUGUGCUGACACAUGGAUCAACCAAUUGGUUAUCCUUGCUGCCUGUAUGUUUGUCUUAGUUGGGCCCCUCAGUUUAAUGCUAAUCUCCUACAUGUGCAUCCUCUGGGCCAUCCUUAAAAUCCAGUCUGGGGAAGGCCGCAGAAAGGCCUUCUCCACCUGUUCAUCCCAUCUCUGUGUGGUUGGACUCUUCUUUGGCAUAGCCAUGGUCGUUUAUAUGGUCCCAGAUUCCAAACAACGAGAAGAGCAAGAGAAAAUAUUAUCCCUUUUUCAUAGUCUUUUUAACCCAAUGCUGAACCCUCUCAUUUACAGCCUGAGGAACGCUCAGGUAAAGGCUUCUUUGUAUAGAGCACUGAAGAAAAGGUCCAUGUGAAAUAUAGAUAGAAUGUUGUUUGGGGGUUUCCUUUUAAAUUAUGCGGUUUGCUGAAGCAAAAAUUCAGAUAGGUUCCCACUUGGAAGUUUGAAUUAAACGUGGUAACUGUCCAUCUUCUAGCUCUAAAAAUAGGGCAAAAUUCCACGGAAAAGCGUAUCUUCUGAAACCGAGAGACUGUGUUAGUAUUUGGGACAUCUAAAUUAUCAGACUAUUUAGUCUUUCUUUGAAAAAACAUUAAAUUUCUUUAUCUUUUCCAGCCAGGAAUAUUCACGUAUGGAGAAAAAAUUAAAUGUAAAACCGACAUCAUUGCAUGACUCUGGCUGAUGUAUUUAGACAUAUGUGACUUUUUAUCACCUUGUGGUAGCUGGACACAGUACAGAAAAUUAAUGCCAUAAGAAAGAACUUCCACAGUAGAUCUGAGAUUCCAAUACAGAAAACAUUGCGGAGUUAUAGGACUCUGCCUCACCAAUUGUGAGUCUGAUGAAGGAAGAGUUUAGAGAAAUGCUAAAUUCCUUGAUGGAAUAAUUUAGGAGUAAAGGGGAAAAUGUUAAGGGAAGAGUUUAUCCAACGAGAAACUAUGUAAAAAAAAAAUCCUAAAAUAUAUUUAAUGCUUCGGAUUUGGUUCAAUAAAGGAAAUUCAUCAGUAAACGUGUAAAUGGUUCUAGAGGUAAGGGUUUUGAGUGCUGCUCAAACAUUAUGUUUAUUCUUGGGUUAUAAUGAUUUCUUUUUUAAAAAUAAUUUCUAAUAAGAGAAGAUUGAAUCACCUGUUGAAGUUCUUGAAAUUGUUCCCACCAAUAUUUUUCAUAAUUAUUGAACCAACUUGUCAGAAGAUGGUUUGGGGUCGCACCAAAUAUCAGGAGAUAGCUAUGACAUAUCUAACAUCAUCUUUCUUUCACAGCGACAGAAGUUUCUCUGGAUUUACAAGAUUUGAACAACUGUCUUCAUGAUGCUAAUGUUGAUAAAAUA